ACUUCCCAUGCAGUAGCGAGUGAUGGCAAGGGCUAACAACUUCUGGAUAUUGCUGCUGUGGAUGGGGUGUGAGAUGAUGGCACUGCACCUCUAUGCUGUUAAUCAGAGUCCAGUGGCCACAGUACUCGAUGUGCAGUGAGGGUGAGGUUGAAGAGCCCUGUGGUUCCUGGUUCUCAGCUAGCAAGGUGUUUGCAGGUUGUUUGAUGUGGCCUCUGGACUGGCCCACAACUUCCUUCUGCUGGGCCUGCAGCCGUGGAGACGGCCAGUUGCUCAGGGGACUGCUGCGGAGGGACAGCAAAACACGAAGACGGCUUUGGGCUGGGUAGGAGGCUGACCAGAGCUCUCCUCCGUGCUCUGCGGCGGUCUGUGGGGCUUUGACCCACAGGGAUGAGCUCCAGAGGCUUAGCUCUGGCACCUCCAGCGAAGAACGUGGUGGUGUAUCGCAAUGGUGACCCCUUUUUCCACGGGAAGAAGUUUGUGGUGAACCAGCGGCGGUUCCUGACCUUUGAGGCGUUUCUGAAGGAGGUGACCAGGAGCAUUCAUGCGCCCCUGGCUGUGAGGAAUCUCUACACCCCCAGGCACGGCCACCGCAUCGCUGAGCUGGUGGACCUGCAGGACGGGUACCAGUACGUGGCUGCGGGGUUUGAAAAGUUCAAAAGGCUCAACUAUUUAAACCAGGGAAGGAAGGAGCUCCGAGGGACAAGUAACAGCAGCGGUGUGCAGUCCCACACCGUAGCUCCCUGGAAGUCAAACAUCGCAACACGACGGCAGAAGCACACCCACCUUACAAUCCAUGUUUUCCGGAAUGGGGAUUUGCUGAGCCCUCCUUUCCGACUGCUGUUCUCUCAGAGCGCCCCGCUGCAGUGGGACACGCUCCUGGCUAUGCUGACAGUGAAAGCUGAUCUGCGCAGCGGAGCUGUUAACAGGCUCUGCAGGCUGGAUGGCACGCAGGUGUUUGGUGAGGAGGAGCUGGUGAAUGACGGUUACUACGUGGCUGUGGGGACUGAGGAGUACAAAAAACUGCCUUACUUUGAGCUUCUGGUGCCCCAGGAUUCUGCAUGCAGGACACCACGGAACCAUCCAGAUAGACGCAAAAAGUACAGCAGAAAGUUUAGCAAGCGUGAUGCCACCUCCCAGGACAGUGCUGCUGCCUCUGCUCUUGCUGAACCACCCCAACAGCUGGACAGUUGCAGGGUGCAGACCCCAGGAGCUGCAGAGACCGACAGGAGCCCGGUUGCUUUUCCACCACUGCACAGGCAAGUCAGGAGGUCUCACCUCAGGGAGGAAGAGCCCAUUUUCCAUGCUAAACCUGUCCGUGCAGGACAGAACAGGAGGAGUUACAGGAGUGUGCAGCACUGGCCUCAUCAAGAAGAAAGUGUCUAUAAAGCCAAAGAUCCUAGGAAGGAGAUGCAAGGUGCUUGGGGAGUAAGAGAGCAUGAACACACAAGGGUGGAGGCACCCACUGAUCAGAAUGUGUAAAGAUGAAAGUAACCACCAGGGGGAACUUCAGACACCAGAGGAAGCGUAGCUACAGCGCUCUGCAUUUUAGAAAGCCAAGAGAUUGUCAUCUGGGUCAUGAACAUUUCCCUUCUGAAGCGUGAGUUAUCGCUCCCCAUGACAGUAACGAUAUAAAAGGCUUUCUUGGAUUUUUUUUUAAUUUUUAUUUUUUUGGUGUGUGUGUGUCCUGUUUCUAUCCUUACUCCUCUUCCAGAGAGUUGCAGAGACUGUGGAAGAACAACUCACACCAAAAGCCGAACAGUUUACAGAAGUAUUUAUUCCACUUAAUGUUUCUGUGCAGUGUGUUAGGUCCCUUGUGGCUGUGUUCAGAUUUCUUACACUAAAAUUCAGUACCCCCAGAUACGACUUGUUAAUUAGAACUUGCCUGUAGCUAGGUGAAGCUUUGAAGCUGGCACGGAAUAAACAUGUAAUUCCUAAAAUGCCUGAACAUAUUUGUUAAAUAAUAACGAGCUUUACACCUUUUUAAAAAGGGAAAAAUCUUCGUUUUCAUCUUACAGAAUUUUGUUUUAAAAUGUCUGAAAGAUGCUCAGCGUUUGUGGGGCAUCUGUGUCUUAAACUUGUCAUAAGCACAUUGAGAAUUGAUAUAAUGGGAUGACGUGCGUCAUAUUAUAGCUGAUUCACCGUUCUGCCUAGGUAGUCUCAUUAGACUAAUUAGAACUUCAAAGGAACACAGCUCCUUUGAACUGAAGUUAGAGAAAGCCCUAGUAGAGAAUUAGCUACCAGGUAGUGACGUCUGGGCUCAGCGGGGGGCCUGAUGCUCCGAUUUGCUUUAGGAGCUGUGCUAUACAGUCAUAGUUAUCUGAGUGCUGUGGCUCUGCUCUGCACUGGGAGGGAUUAUUAGGCCUUCUUACAACAACCACCUUUGAAUUUAAUGUAGAGACCCAGGUUUGCACACCAAAGCCUGUGUAAGACCAGAAACAAUCCAUGAAUUUAGUCCCGGAAGCUUUCUGUAACAGCAAAGUGCCGCACUGAUAACUGUAUUUUUUUCUUCUCUCUACAAAAAGGCGAGGGCUGCAGGCACAGCACAAAAGCCCGCGGCAGGGAAAAGGGACGGCAGCGCUUCUGAGGGUGAGGAUCGCUGAAUGAUGUUUUCCCUUGGCAGCAAUCCUGCUCUGAAGAGCUCGCAGAGGGACCGUGAUGGGAGGACAGUGAGGUAUGCCACUAGCUGCAGAUAACAAAAGUGUGCAAGUCUGAGGUCUGUGUAACGUUUAUAGACUGGCCGAGCUUUUUGAUCAAUUAACAGAAUCUUAGCGAGCACCCUAACUCUCUGCGCUUGAGAAAGACUACCAGUGAACAAUGAACCAGAUCGAUGCACGUUUUUAUUAAAAAAUUAAAAACAUUCCUCCUUUCCUCAGCUCUGUGGAUGAUGACAUGGCAGAGAACAGGGCUGCUUUUCUGGGCUUUAAUUUAAAAAGCAGUUUGUGUCUGAACUUGGGAAGUAAGAAUUACCGCAUAGAAUAUACUCCUAACAAAACGUCUGCCAGGAAGUUUGUUCUGUGUCAGACACUUCGCAUAAAGGGAUUCACAGCAUCAUUGGUCCUCUGAUUUGGAAUGCUUGGAUAAUGUUUGUAGCAAUCAAACCUGCUCUCAAAAAUACUUUUUGUUUCUGUUAACUUGUUUUCCUGCGUGACUUAGGAAUAGUCGCAGUAAUAAAGCGCUGUCGUAUUAUCCCCGUUAGCACAAGGCUUUCUGUAUUUCUUUCCCCCGUGCUCCUGAUAAAUGACAAGGGUGACAACGAUUUUUCUUCCUGUGAC